CCCUCUGCGGCGGUGGCUGCUCGGAGCUGGGCCCUUCUUGGGGCAGUGUCUAAUGGUGCUUUUUUGUUUAUUUGUUUUGUUUUUUUCCGUCUCGCCGAGCAGCUGGUGGGUUCGGAUGAGAGUUUGCAGCAGAAGCUCGCAGAGGCGAUUCUCAAAGAGAAGAAAAACUUCAAGAUCAGUAUUCACCUUGCAACAUCCCUCCCCUUACCUUCAGAGAGAGAUCACCUUCGGCCCAGGAUAGAUCUGAUUGCAUUUAUGAUUGACAUCAAGAGCAAAUACAGCUUGAAGAAUAUCGAAGCUUCGUUAGCUCAUGUGGAUGCCAGCUUCUUCCUGGGGAAAGUAUGCUUCCUUGUCACUGGGGUUGGUAGGGUGAAUUACUGCAGCAUAGAGAUGAAUGCCAUCUGGAAACUGGGAGAAGUCUACUGUAGUCCUGUGCUAUACUGUGAGCUGGAGUUGGAAGGCAUACGAGUUGCUACUGCUCAGAGACUUCUCCGGAUGUUGCAGAUCUGUGCUGGUCACAUACCGGGGGUUUCUGCCUUGUCCUUUGGCUCGCUGAUGAGGAACUCUGCUGAUGAAUAACUUUGCAUUGUGAGAAUUCAGUCAGGUUCAUUAGUUCUUCACUUCCAGGCGUUCAAGCUGGAAACGCUUUAGGAAGCCUUUUUGCCUGUCUUAUGACCGCUCAUCCAGAGCUGUUCCUCGUUACUAAUCUAUCAAGAAAAGCUUUAUUCCUGUUCAGUGGAUAAGGCAGGGGUGUUGAAGGGAGGAUAGCUUGACCUGAUGAACCCAUUAUUACAUCUGAAUCUCAUUUUAUGCUGAACUUUACAUUUUACCCAGUUUGCCAGUGGCCAUGAGCUACAUCUUUUGCUGAAAUAACAUCAAAAGAACAGGCCACUGUCCAAAAUGCUGCAUGUCGUGGUUGGGUAUCUGAGUUUCGGUGGCCCAAAACUACUAGAAAUGAGACACCACACUUCCACAUCCUUUGACCUGAAAUACGGCACCUUGGCAGUGAGGUUUUGUAUUAGUCCAAACUUGCUGUCUCCUCACCAAGAGAAUAAUGUGUCAGGAAGGCUGUCCUGCAGCUUCUAGAUAUUCAGCAAUUGGCAGUUAAUGAUCCAGCUGUGGUAGCAUCUGCCCAGUGAAGGGCUGCCUGAUACCUAGUCAAGGUGGAAGGGACUAAAUAAGGUAACUUAGCACUUUAAAGAAGAAAGUUCCCUCUCUCAGACCCAGGAUAACAACCAACCCGAGUCUUUGCUCAUGAUCUGGACAGCUGCAGACUAUUCUGCUGCAAGUCAGUCCCUGUAGACAAGGAAGAGUCCUCCAGAGAAGUCAAACUGUCUCUGAGUCAAGAAAUGAAGAGGUAAAGAGGCCUGUAACUGAGAGUAUUGCUGCACAUAAUGGGUUAUCACCUGGACGGGUGGGGCAGAGAAGGAGAAACGUGCAGCCACUAAUGGAAAUAAGUCUCCAUUUUUCAAAGUAAAGAGCCAUGAAAUGGCUUUUCUUUUUCAAUCUUCUGCAAAUAGGGCAUUUCAGCUCCAGGAGCUACGUUUGUCCCUCCAGCAUUGUUAGUGCUGGAGUUCUGCGCUCUGGGGCUGGUCAGAGAUGGAACGUGGCGAAUCUUACUAUAACAGCAUUCAAAAAACACAUGGCAUCUCUUGCAAGUUGGGCAUAUGCUGCAUAUGAAUACCUUAACUGAUAGGUUCUUGUCAGCAGUAAUUCAUGCCUUAUUCUUAAUGCAAAUUAAUGGUGUGUUUUUGAAUGCUAAGUUAAUAAAAUGUAUCGUAUUUACACUAGUUGCAUGCUCUUUGUUUAGGUAUGUAGCAUGGGCUCUAAAAUCCAUGAACACUUCUCCCAACCUUACUGUCAGGGUAAACUGGUCCUUGCUGUUUUUUGAACUUCCUAUUAGUUAGGUACUUGGUGGGCUGCAGUCACUGUAUCAGCCACGUGGUGGUGGUAAAAGCUUUCCAAAGAAAAUCCUUUAUGUAAACUGAAUUGAGCCACCUUCCAGAAUACAGUAUAUAGGUGGUUUCUACCCAGAAUUGGAUGCCAGGUAGGAAUGAAGUCUAGAGGCAAUCAGUUAAGCUCCUCUCUAGUUUAAUUUACUUAAUCCCUAAUAGUUUGCUUUAAUAUCCCUAGGUGCAGAGCCCUAGCUGAGUGUGCUGUUUCCCUGAGCUUGUUUCUGACAUCUGUCUGUGAGCAGGAAAAAGCAGAAAAAGCAGCAUUGCAGGCUUAAUCAGCUGUGAGUGCUGGCAGUCCUUGCAGAGACAGCUCAGCAAGGCACAGAGCCUGUAUCCUUGCUCAGAGGACACACGAAUCCUAGCUCCAGUUCUAUUGUUGCUGGGAGAGGGGAGGAGGGAAGGGUUGUUUGUCAGUUGGAACAAAGGAGCUAAACCAUUCUGCUGCGUUAUGGUGUCCAAAAGGGCUGGACUCUCUGGCUGUAGCCCAGAGAAGAAAAAUGUGUGCAGAUGCUCAUGGCCAUGGAAGGAGGAUUGGGAGCUUAAUGGACAUGCCCUACUUUCAGCCAGCUUUGCAAUCCCAAUAGUAUUAGCCAGGCCUUUGCCACCAGAGAGGAGCAAUCAUGCUGAGAAAGAAGUUUCUCUCUGUUGGUUAUGCUGUCUCAGCCUCGCUCUCACUUUGGGUCCCUCAAAAUAAAUGAGCCCAUAGUUUAGAAUAGACUAGUUUCGAUUUGCUCUUAAUGUGCAGGUGCAGUCUGGGGGAGGGGAGGAAGGGCCGCGGUAUAAAACAAAAAAUGAGCAAUUCUUUGUCCUCUGCGACCUACUGUAAGGUGCGUCCCUAUUUUGUCUCCUAGGAUGCUCUCCAGUUGCAUCCAAUAACCACUGGACUCCAGUAAAAUCCAUUCAGUCUCGAGAGUAAUUUCUCUUGCUGUGAUUUCUUAACUGAUGAAAACGAAACUUUCUUUGUUUCACCUAGCAUACUUUGUAGCAACCCAUCUGUGCUACU